AUGCUUCUGCUGCUGCUGCUGCUGCUGCUGCUGCUGCUGGCAGGAGACGCACCAGACUAUCAGAGAAACAAAAAGCAGAGCUCCAAUGAGGAGAAGCUGCAGCUGCUGGAGGAAAAGCUGCAGCAGCUGACGCAGCAGAUCGACAAAGAAGCACAAGAGGGGCAAUACCUUGAGGACACAGACAAGAGACUGCAGCAGCAGCAGCAGCAGCAACAGCAGCAGCAGCAGCAGCAGCAGCAGCAGCAGCAGCAAGAGGGGGCCUCAAGGGACGACAAGGAGUGA